AUGAUGAUGUCAUCCACACUUCAAAAUAUAAAAUGUUUUACACAUAAAUUGGAAAUCUCUACAAUCAAUCUUAGUAAAUCAGUUAUGAAUGAAAAUAAAUAUUUUUUGUACAAAAUGCUCAAUAGGGAAAAUAAAUUCUAAUAAUAUGGCCUUAGUCAAUGA